CACAGCCACACGUUCUCGCGCGGGAUCUAAUUCCAAACAGCACUGCCCUUGCUUCUACCGUUCCCCAAGUGCGCUCCCUCUCUCGCCAUCCAUCUCGUGCACGACUGGGCAACCGUUGCCGCUGUCGAGGUGCCCAGGUCUUCAUCGGUCCCUCGUCAGUUCUUCUCCGGCCCUUCGCCGCCGACAAGCUCCCCCAGGUACGCCCACCAUUCUCUUCCGUCCAUGCUUUGCGAUGGUGAGCACCCACUACCCAAACCCUAACUGGAUCUGUCAAGUGUUUACAUGUAUUUUGCCUACUAACUUCGUUUUUUUUAAUUAUCGGUGUACGUCUAUGCCGUUUACUGCAUUCAACUCUGCUCGUUUGUUUGAUUCAGUUGAGCAGUGACAUCGUGAGCUUAUAUGCUAGUGUAGCUUAUUGGUGUUUCAAGCAAUGUAUGUCAAAUAUCUAGAUUAGCAAUUUAUAAACCACGUAAAACCGUGACAGUAUCAUAAUGGCAUAAGAGGUUCUUUUAUUUUGUUUGAACAUUCUAGUCAGAGUAAGUUAUGUAUCUGUUUUCUACAUGCUGAAGGUUAUACUCAAACCACUUGUGAAAUGGCUCUCACCCUAUAUCUUUCUUUAGUGAAUCAAUGUUGGUAUUUUAGUAGUAGACUUCAGUCGUCAGCCAUACUUAGCUUUUUUCUGCUAGUACUGUACUAAUGUUUUGUUCCUCCAAGAGACCGGGAAGUAAAAUUUAAUUGGUUCAUAUCUUUGGUUUAUCAUUGUGUUUUUUUGGCUAUUGCAGUACUUAUGUUACCAAAGCAAGGCUAGUAAAUCAUACCGGAAAGAAUGGUGAUGGCGUCUUGGUCUUGGGUCUGCUAGAUGCAUGCCUACUGCCUUAUCGCAAAGCUAGCUUACCUGGUCAUACGAAUUUGUAGUCGGUUCUGAUCUAAUUGCAAGUGCAUCUAGUAACUUGGAUUUUUUCGCAAAAAAAUAUCGGGUGUUCACGCCUGGCCCCUGCGCUUGCAGCUACUAAAGAGACAGGAGCAAAGAGUUAACAGGAGAUGAAUGCCCCUGACCGUUAUGAGCGUUUCGUCGUGCCAGAGGGCACCAAGAAAGUGUCCUAUGAGAGGGAUACAAAGAUUGUGAAUGCUGCAUCAUUCACUGUCGAACGCGAGGAUCACACUGUAGGCAAUAUCCUCCGCAUGCAGUUGCACAGAGACCCAAAUGUUCUCUUUGCCGGGUAUAAGCUCCCUCACCCACUCCAGUACAAGAUCAUUGUUAGGAUCCACACAACGAGCCAGUCCUCCCCGACGCAGGCCUACACCCAGGCUAUCAAUGAUCUAGACAAAGAGCUUGAGUACCUUAAGCAAGCUUUUGAGGAUGAGAAGAACAGGUACGAGGACAGGAUGAAGCAGGGGUUCUAGAUGAAUGGAAUGGUGUGGGAGAUAAACUUCCCGUGUUAGUUUUAUCCUAGGCGAGUCAACAAUGAAACGAACGCCCAAGGAUUGUGAAUGUCUGAUCCCUGAACUAAGGUUGCUUGCUGUCGUUUUACUGUCAUGCUUGUGUCAAUAUUCGUAUUAUUGCAAACACACCAAUGGAGUUUU